AUGACCUCCCUCCGCAUCGUCGCUGUAAUUACCCUGAUCUCAACCUUGAUCGCCUCUUUCGCUUCAGGCCAACAAUGCAGCUACGAACAACUCAAGCCGAGGCGCUCUAAGCCUAAUGCCGCUGCCGGUUGGGAGUAUUCCGUCGUUCACAACGACUUCAGACAACCUCGAACCAUCUUGUUUGAUACUGAGGGUGCUCUCCUCGUUCUAGAUUCUAUAACCGGUAUAAUUCACUUGAAGCUCGACGAUAGUGACAAAGGAGGAAGAUGUGUCCGACUGGAAAAGAAGACGAUUUUGCUCAAAAAGAGCAGUCUAAACCACGGGCUCGCGCUUUCAAAGGAUGGCCGCACCAUAUAUGCCUCCUCAUCAAAUAGCGUCUGGUCAUACUCUUACGAUCCCAAGAUUCCCAUGCUGAAUCAAAGCUCAGAGCAGCUGGUAGUCGAAAACAUGGCUAACGACGGCCAUACAUGGCGGUCCCUUCUCAUGUCACAAAAACACCCUGAGUUGCUUAUCGUUUCCCGAGGGAGCGGCCUCGGUGGCGACCCGCAAGCCGAGGCGAUUGUCUCUGGCCACGCUCAGAUCCGUGUCUUCAACACCUCAGCUUUCGAAUCCAAAGCCCCCGACGGCCCCGUCGUGAAGCCCCAUGACUUCCAUCAUAAUGGUGCCCGCCUCGGCUGGGGUCUGCGCAACGCUCUGGGCCUAGCAGAACACCCCGGUACUGGUGGAAUAUUCAGCACUGAGAACUCCUAUGAGAUCCUCCAUCGGGAUGGCAAAGAUAUCAGCGUUGAUAACCCGGGCGACGAGCUGAACUUCCACGGAACUCUCAAUGGUUCUGGCAAGAGCACCGGGAGCAACUAUGGCUACCCUUUUUGCUAUAGUGUGUGGUCCAUAGAAAAGUUCCCUCGCCGCAGUAACGUGAGGAUUGGCGAACACUUUGCUGCUGAUCGGGGCUCUCAACAUUCUCGUCGAACUGAUGUGGAAUGCGUAAGGGAUUACACUGCUCCCGUCCAAGUGUUCCAAGCCCAGUCCGCCCCUAUAGGCCUUGAAUUCCACCCGGACGGCACACGAGCAUAUCUGGCUUUCCAUGGAAGCUGGAACCGUUUUGAGCCGGUGGGAUAUGAAGUCGGAUAUAUCGACUUCAAAAAGGGACAACCUGCGUUGGCCGCUAUAAAAAGUAGAACUGCCGUCAAACACAUCCUUUCAAACCAUAACAUGGCGAGAUGCGGGGAGGACUGUUUCCGCCCUGUCAGCCUGGCCCUGGACAAGAAGAAUCGGCUGUUCUUCUCCUCUGAUUCAACUCGUGAGAUUUUUGUGCUAUAUGACAACAGCACUACUCCGUAA